AUGCAGACGAUACAGAGACUUUAUCCAAGUGAAAGAGAGAUCGAGAGAUCUAAAGAUGUAAUAGAUGUGAAUUCAUCGUCUAGUGAAGAGGAUAAUACGAAUAGUGCCAUUACUUCCAGCAACGAGGUUGUAGGACCCACUGAUGAAAACCUUGAUAUUAUGGAAGUGAAAGUUUUCGAUGUAUACAUGGAUGAUGAAAAGCAUGUCAUGCGUUUACCUCCUGAUAUUUUCACUUAUCAAAAUAAAAAGCAUAAUGGUAACAGUAGUGGUAACAAUGACGAUAACAUCGAAGAUGAUGUAGAAUUGUUAAAUACUGGUUUAGGUAAAGAUUCAACUAAGCUCAAUCGCGAUUUCUUUGAAAGAAUAAAAUCAAAGAAAAAAAUACCAAAUGAAGAGAAAUUACGUUUAUCAUUAGAAGAAGAAGAAGAAUCUUCAAGUUCCAAUAAGUUUAAUACCCCAAUCACAACUGGUCUAAAUUCUUCCAAUUCAUUAUACCUGAAUGACAAAUGGCCAAGUGCUGUAGAAAAUGCAUUCUUAGAUUCUUUAAGAUUGAUUACUAAAAACGGCACUUAUAAAAUUAAAAUAAUGGAUAAAAAUUAUGGCAGAAAUGAAUUGAUCUCAUGUUAUAUAAAAUACAUGACUGGUGAAGUCAGAACUAAAAAACAAAUAUCUUCUCAUAUUCAAGUAUUAAAAAAAUCAAUUCAUUCAAAGAUUAAAAGUCAUAUUAAAUUAGAUAAAUUGGAAGAAGAAAUGUACGAAUUGAUAGAAAAUGGCGCUAGACAUACUGCUGAAUCAAGUAAAAAUUUCUAUAAAGUUUUCCAAGAAAUUAUCGGAACUUUACAAAGACCAGAUAGUGACGGUACUUUUAAACCUGGUACUCCUUCUGCUUUAUCGUCAAGUUUAAUCACACCACUAACUACAAGUCAAUUGAUACAAGAUAGAAUAAUUCCAACAACUCCUUUAGAUCAUGCAAAGGUAAUUUAUGAAAAUUUAAAAGAUUAUAGAUGCAUUCCAGCUAAGAGAUAUUCAAAAAAUUUCUCUAAAGUAAAAGCUAAAAAAGUACAAUUACCAGAAAAAGUCUUAUUGAAAUUAGCUAGAGACGUUGAAAAACAACAGAGGGAUUUAAUAAGUAGAAGUUAUUCAAAAAAUCAACAGCAGAAAUCGGUAAAUAUGCCUUUAACUAUCACUCCAAAUUCACCAGGACAAAUGAUGCCACCAAAUAUGAAUAUGAAUAUGAAUAUGAACAUGAAUAUGAACAUGAAUAUGAACAUGGGUAUGAAUAACAACGGUAACGGUAACAAUAUGAAUAACAACAUAAAUAAUAAUGGUAGCAACAUGGGUAUUCGUAAUGUUUAUUUCCCACAACAAGUAAUGUCACCUAUAGGACGUUAUCAAAUGCCAUAUCAACAAAAUAUCGAGGUGGAUAGAUCACAGAUGCCACCACCAAUGGUUCCACACCAUUACUUUGGCCAAUCUCAAUACUAUCGCUCCCAAUCACCACCAAAUUUUAAUGGUAACCGAAGAUUGAUUUAUAUGGGUAUGGGUAUAUCACCAAUCAGAGAAGAUUUCAUAGAUUCACCUUCCAAUUACGGUUUCAGAUAA